AUGCCUUUUCAAACAGUAAUUGGUGCAUGGGAACAUCCUGACCAGAUUUGGCUUCAUUUAGGUUUUUCAGAAGCAGCGCAAUUCAUACAGAAUCAAAUGAUGAUUUCAGACGAGCACAUUCAAUUUGAUUUCAAUUCAACAACACCUAUCGAACUCAACACAAACAAAAAGCAAAACUGUCUUUCUGAAUACAUUGCAAUGAAUCAAAUUAGUUCGUUUAAUCAAUUACCGACUGAAUUACUUCAUAUUUUGUUUCAAUACCUUCGAACAGAGGAGAUUCUUCAUUCAUUUUUAAAUCUUAACAAUCGAAUCGAUUCGAUUUUAAAUUCUCAUUCGACUUACCGAGUCAAUUUACGAUCCAUUGGAAAAUCGCACUUUCACCUGAUUUGUAAAUCGAUUCGACCUGAACAAAUCAUCUCCUUACGACUUUCUGAUGAUAUUGAUACACCAAAUCAAUCGAUACUUUUCUUAUCUUAUUUUCCAAUUGACCAAUUCACAAAUCUUCGAUCGAUUUCAUUGAUCCACAUUGAGUUUAAAUCUUUACAUGAAAUUUUCUCUAAACUACACAAUUUGACUCGACUUCGUUCUCUUUCAUUUAACCAUCCCAAAGCAGUGGCAGCGGAAUUAAAUCAAUGGCGCUCGACUCUUCGACACUUCUACACUCGAAUACUACCUCAAUUAGAAUAUUUAUCAACAAACUGCAUUGAUUGUGUCGAGUCAAUUCCAUGUUCCAAUCUGCGUCGAUUAGAUUUUGGUGGAAAUUCAUGUGAAAAUAUUAAAUCAAUCGUUCAACACGCACCUCAACUUCAAUCGAUUACGUUUCAUGGCAAUGGUUUUGGUGUUUUUCGUCAUAUUCAGCCGUGUUAUUCAUUACGACGAUUCAGUUUGACAGUAGGAUUUACAUUAUUAUCCAUCGAUACAAUCGAACAUACCUUACGAAAUUUUCCGAAUUUAACUCAUUUUGACAUCGAAUCUACGCAUGGAAUGAACGAUGCGAGUAUGAUUAACGGACAUUGGUGGCAAACGAUCACACAAUCUUUGACUUCCUUCAAUUUUCUCUUCAGCACGAUUGGCGGUAUAACUGACGAAACCCUCGAUUCAUUUCGUACACCGUUUUGGCUGGAAGAGAAAUGUUGGUUUGUGGUUGGUUUUUGUAACUAUUUAUGUACACUUACCGGUUCUGCUUUCAAUCUAUCAUAUUUCGAAAUCAAUCACGAAUCACCGAUCUAUUCAACAAUACCCAACAAUGAAAUCGUUCAUGAAUAUCAAUUCGCCAAUCUUCCGCGAUUGAUCUCGAUUAAAAAAUUACGAUUGUCUUGGAAAAAAUCUUUGCAAAGUCUAUCGACUAUUGUUGAUUUAAAGCAAAUUGAAUGUUUAAUAAUUUCUCCUUCUUCAUUCCACAUUUUGAAAGAUGUUCAAUAUCUUCUACCACGACUUCAUACUUUAGAAUUUAAACACGAUGACAAUUCAUCCUUUUGGUUUGAUUUAUUUAAUCGAAUUCAAUUGAUACAACUCAAACAAAUACGCACACUCAGAUUCGAUUUCUCCCCCUAUCCACAAGAAGAGAUUUAUAAUCUUAGCAAAUUAAGUUACUUAUUUCCAUGCGUCGAACAUAUCUAUUCAUGGCCGAUCACAUCAACAACGGAUAUGGUGGAUAAUCUCAAUCAAUUUAAGCAAGUGUCGAGUAUAUCAUUCGAUCUUACAGAUUCAACAGUGCUCUUUUCGAAAACUCGCUUUAAUCCAGAUGUAAUCGCAAAUGAAAUCAAACAAUUGGCAAAAUAUUCUUCGGUUACGUGUCAAAUUGGAUUCACUGGACGAAAUAAUGACACACCACAAUCUAUUCAUCUGUGGCUUGGAGAACAAUCAUCAAAUAUCUUCUUUCGUGAUCGACCAUCAAUGUUCGAGUAUUUUUCGGAGAAGAUUUCCCAAAUACUUAUCACACCUCGUAAUAUUGCACAAGCAAUCGUUGAUUCGACUUCCAUGUUCUUCUAG